CACCAAAGAAAAAAACCUCACACUCAAAGAAACGAAUGCGCUCAGCAAGCAAAGGAUUGAAAGAUAAAACGAAUAUUGUUAAUUGUCGGGUCUGUGGUCAGCGACGUUUGACACAUCAUUUGGAAUUAUACUCAAAUAUAAUAAAGAAUCAGAGGAAUUUAAAGAUUAAAGAGAAGAUCGAG